AGCCUUCUAGCCUUCGAGGUGCGCCAGGCAGACGUAGCUGCUGUCGCCGCCGCCGGCUCUGCUCUUGCUGCUGCUGCUGCUGCGCCCGCUCCAGCUGCUCUCCGUCCUGCUCGGCCCGGAGGAGGAGAGGAGCCUUAGAGAGAGAGAAGAGGGCUCGCCUCAUCCGCUCUCCAGCGCAACUUUUGCCCUGCGCUUGCAUUCCCAGCCCCAGCUCCAUUGUGCGGGCGUCGGGAGCUUACGGUGAAUGCUGACUGAGGAGGCUGCGGGGGCUGCGGCAGUAGCCGGGCAGCGCUGAGCCCAGCCCCUCCUGCGGCCCCCGCCUCCCCCAGCAGCAGUAGCAUCAGCAGCCCUCCAUCCAUCCUUCCCUCCCUCCAUCGUUCGUCCCGCUCCGGACCCGUGCUCGGUGGUGUCCCGGGUCGCCCGGCGGUCUGGUGCCAUCGGCUGGUUCGCGCCCUCGCGGAAUGUAUCAGAGCCCGACCCGGUUUUGCUCGGCCCUACUCCAGAGAGACGUGUCCAGCCUCUGCUGCGUAUCCUCCUCCCGGCUGCGGAGGCAAUCCCCUUCUCCCCCCGCACCUCUGCGAUCCCAGUCCCCUCGGUCCCUGUCUGAGACUGGUGCUCCCCCUCCCCCUCUCCAACCUCCUCCUCUACCACCACCUUACCUGGCGGCGACCGAGCUGGCUUCUGGUCCCGGGAGUGCGUCCUCCAGGACAGCGUGUUCCAUGGGAAACGGAACGAGCAGGCUUUAUGGUGCUAUCGCCAAGACCCUGAACAGCUCUGCAGCCACCCAGCACCCAGAGUGUUUGGUGCCUCCUGACUCACAACAGCUGGAUCCCAUAGAUCCCAAAGAGCUGCUUGAGGAAUGCAGGGCAGUCCUGCACACACGGCCUCCCCGGUUCCAGAGGGAUUUUGUGGACUUGAGGACGGAGACAACAAGUAGCCACCUGCCCAUUAGGGUCAUGCAGUGGAACAUCCUUGCUCAAGCUCUUGGGGAAGGCAAAGAUAACUUUGUACAGUGCCCUGUUGAGGCACUCAAGUGGGAAGAAAGAAAAUGUCUCAUCCUAGAAGAGAUUCUGGCCUACCAGCCAGACAUCCUGUGCCUGCAAGAGGUGGACCACUACUUCGACACUUUCCAGCCACUCCUCAGUAGAUUGGGCUACCAGGGUACCUUCUUUCCAAAGCCAUGGUCGCCCUGUCUGGAUGUGGAACACAACAACGGUCCUGAUGGCUGUGCUUUGUUUUUCCUUCAAAACAGAUUCAAGCUGGUCAACAGCACCAACAUCAGGUUGACUGCUAUGACUCUUAAAACUAACCAGGUGGCCAUAGCACAGACACUGGAGUACAAGGAGACAGGGAGACUGUUCUGCAUUGCUGUCACCCACCUAAAAGCACGGACUGGCUGGGAGCGAUUUCGGUCUGCACAAGGCUGUGACCUUCUCCAGAACCUGCAGAACAUUACCCAGGGAGCCAAGAUCCCACUGAUCGUCUGUGGGGACUUUAAUGCAGAGCCCACAGAGGAAGUCUACAAACACUUUGCCUCUUCUAGCCUAAACCUAAACAGUGCUUAUAAACUUCUGAGUGCAGAUGGACAGUCUGAACCACCAUACACGACCUGGAAGAUCCGGACAUCUGGGGAGUGCCGGCACACACUGGAUUAUAUCUGGUAUUCCAAGCAUGCUUUAAAUGUGCAGUCAGCUCUUGGCUUACUCACUGAGGAACAGAUUGGACCCAACCGGCUACCAUCCUUCAAUUACCCUUCCGACCACCUGUCUCUAGUGUGUGACUUCAGCUUUAAUGAAGACCAGGACCAACUUUUAUAGCUUGUCUGGAGCUAAAUUUCUGGUCACAAAAGUCUUAACUAGGGGAAUGGCAGUAAGAGGUUGCUUGAGGGAGGAUUCACUGUCUCUCAACCUUCCUUUCUGGCAUGGCCUUAGGGGGUGGGGGAGACACAAUUUCACAACCUUUUUGAUUAAAGUCUCUAUCAAAAAAAAGUUGUGUGCACCCCAGUUUUGGCUUCUGGUGUUUUCUUUCCCCUCAGAGAGUUAGCUUUUGAUGAAGGAAUCAUGUCAUUUAUUUGGAACCUUUCUCCUUCCUGAGGACUUGGUGCCAAUGUGGAGUCCUCCCUAACUGAACUUGAGUGAACAUUUAAAUCAUCAGGACAGCACUCCUAUUUUUAUUUAUUUAUGGCAUUUAAAAAGACAUUAACAGGAAAGGACUGUGCAUGGCCACCCUAUUUAUUAUUUUUUUUUAACAUUGCAUUGUAAAUAACAUAAGCAAACUUUUAGAAACUUAGCUUGUGAGAACCAUACAGGGUGUGUGGAGCCAGUGAAGGUGUCGUGGCAUUCUUCUUAAGAUAGGUUUAAACAUUUUUGCAUUUAGUCUGUCUAAUAGAACAGUGCUGGUACAACAGGUUUAGAACAUAACCUCCGCCCAAGGGUUGUCUUUGUUUUCAAGUGGAAGAGCCGUAUCACAUGGGGGAACCUGUUCUUUCUUCCUUGAAUCAUAAAAGGCAUUGUCUCUCUCCUAUGUCCUUCCGACCCAUCCCAGACAGGAACUACACACAUCCAUGCACAUCCUAUUCACCUGUAUGUUUCAUGCAAAGAUGUGAGUCGAUCCAAAUCACUUAACCACUACUUUAUGCAUUUUUACUUAUCUACCACUUUAUUGGAGUGACCUAGUCCUCUCUCUUAAUUCAUUUCACCUAAUUCUGUUUUAUAAAUGACACUGGAAUUUUUCAAGAAAAGGGUUUUUUUGUGGGUUUGUUUUUUGGUUUGUUUUUUUAGGAGCUGUUCUAGUGUGGUGCCUGAGAAAAUCAGGGGGUCCUUCCUCUCAGUUUGGAAAUUGGAAGGUCUGUGAGGUCUUAGACUGUAAAAUGAUGGGCAGCCACCCAGAGCCCACACUGAAAUUUGUGGUUUGACUAGAAAGAAGACCUGGAACUCUGCACUGGAGAUAAAGAGUUGGUCAAAAUUAAUAUGUUGCCCAAAAAAUGACCAACCAAGUCAAGGACACUUGUUUUGAACCAUGAGUUGUAUAAAUGUUCCAAGUAAUUUAAUAAAAAUUUUUAAA